AUGAACCCAAUUAAGCUUAGUGAAUACGAAAAUUAUAAGGAAUCCCAAAAAAGAAUUAAAAAGGAUGUACAGUGGAAUGAGUUCUUAAAACUUGACAAAAAACAAUAUUUGAAUUUUAGAAAUGAUCUGCGAAAUCGUGCUGCUUCUCAAUUCUUGCAUAGUGUAUCAUUAACCCGCCAACCAAAAGGAAAGGCUGAAGAAGUUAUAAAAGAAUUUAAUGAGGCGAAUUCAACAUUUCUAGUCUCUGAAGCUGGUUUUGUUCUUCACGAUUGGCUUACUUCAUAUUGCAAUAGUAUGGCAAGGGCAAAAGGGUACGCUCUACCACCAAAAAAAAAGAACGUCCAACCUCCUAUUAGAAGAUGUAACACCAAUUGUAUAGAUGUUGAAAGUACCCCAGAUCAAAGUGACACAGAUGAGAUGUCUGAUAAUGCACAAAGCCCCUUUGAAAACAAUGAUAACAUUAAUGAUAAUACAGAUGAGAGUGUAGAAUCUGAUGCCUUAACGACUACAAACAGUGCUAAAAUUAGUCAAAAAAAUACAUCAACUCUCAUGAAAAAUAUGCUGAAAAGAAGAAACUCGCAACCGUGUAAACAAGGUACUGCAAUAUCGGGGGACGGCCAAGAUAAUACAGAUGAUGAAUCUGAUAUUUUAAGCAGUGCAUUUUUACAUGCUGAUAUUGUUAACGAUCAUCAAAAUGUUAGAAAUCUCGAAAAUGAUGAACCAGGCAGUGAGGAUGGCCAAGAUAAUACAGAUGAUGAGCCUGAUGCUUUAACGACUGCAAGCAGUGCAUUUUCGAAUGUUGAUAUUGGUCAAGAAAACACCUCAACACUUAAAAAAAAUAAAAAUCUCGAAAAUGAUGAACAAGGUACUGUAAUUUCGGAGUACGGCCAAGAUAAUACAAAUGAGAGUAUACUUGAACCUGAUGCCUUAACGACUACAAGUAGUGCAUUACAUGCUGAUAAUGGUCAAGAAAAUACAUUCACCCUUAAUAUUAGAAAUCUUGAAGAUAAUGAACAAGGUAUUGUAAUUUCGGAGAAUGACCAAGAUAAUACAAAUGAGAGUGUACUUGAACCUGAUGCUUUAAUGACUGCAAGCAGUGCAUUACAUACUGAUGUUGAUCAAGAAAAUGCCUCAACACUUAAGAAAAAUAAGUCAAAAAAAAGAAACUCGGUCCCCAUACGACCGCGUAGCACAAAUAUUAAAGUCAACGAUUAUUUGAAUGUUAGAAAUCUCGAAAAUAAUGAACAAAGUACUGUAAUCCCAGAGAAUAACGUGUUGCCAUCACUAAGAAAAAGUCUUCGUUCUUCUGUGCGAAAAUUUAAUAAUAUUAAAACAGUAUCGAAAAUAGUUGAAGGUGAUGCCCAAGAUUCUGGCAAAAAGAGGAAAGAGAACAAGCAGCAAAAAAGACUUCCUCGCAUAGUGUAA